UACUGAGGCUCAGAGAGGCUCCCUGGGGGGAGAGGUUUCCCCACCUUCCCCAGGAGCACCCCCUCCCUCAAAUCCCUCCCCGGAAAAGCAGCCCAAGACCCUGCCCAGCUGUGGUCCCUGGAGUGUUUACUUUGCACCCACGGCAGGCGGGACCAGGCAGGCGGGGGCGGACAAAGUCCGGGGGGACUAUAAAGGCCAGUCCAGCAGCAGCGUCCCGUCAGUCCCGGCUCAGAGCUGAAGUAGCACAGCCAUGCGCGACUUUCCGAUGCUGCUCCUGUCGUGGCUGCUCUUGUGGCUGCCUCCGGGAGGCGCCCUACCUCUCACCCAGGACCACUCCCCGGCCUUCCUGGGACCCUCAGGCGGGCACUCCAGUCUCGAUGUCUCUAGAUUCCGGGAGUUGCGGAAACGCUACGAGCACCUGCAGGCCAGGCUGCUGUUGAACCAGACCCAGGAAGACUGGAACGCCGACCCCAUCCCAGUUGAUCAUGUCCGGAUACUCACCCCGAAGCUGCGGCUUGGGCCCGAUGGCCACCUGCGCCUGCACGCCCUCCGGGCCGACCUGACCGAGGGGCUCCCUGCCGGCUCCCGCCUGCGCCAGGCCCUGCUCCGGUUGUCCCCGCAGGCGCCAGGCUCGUGGGACCUGACGCGGCAGCUGCAGCGCCAGCUCCGCCUCGGCGGCCCCGCGGCUCCCGCGCUCAGCCUGCGCCUGCCGCGGCGAGGGGGCCCGUCGCCCGAGGCGCGGCGCGCGGCACAGCCCCGGCUCGAGCUGCGCUGGCGGCCCCCCGCCGCCAGGGGGCGCCGCGGCGCGCAUGCGCACGCCCGGGACGAGUGCCCGCUCGGGGAGGGGCGCUGCUGCCGCCUGCUGAGCCUGCGCGCGUCGAUCGAAGACCUGGGCUGGGCCGACUGGGUGGUGGCGCCGCGCGAGCUGGACGUGCGCAUGUGCGUCGGCGCCUGCCCGGGCCGGUUCCGGUCGGCGAGCAGGCACGCGGAGGCACAGGCGCGGCUGCACGGCCUGAAGCCCGCCGCCGCGCCUGCGCCGUGCUGCGUGCCCGCCGGCUACGCGCCCGUGGUGCUGCUGCACCGGGCCGCCGACGGCCGCGUGGCGCUCACGCCCUUCGACGACCUCGUGGCCGCCGGCUGCCACUGCCAGUGAGCGGCUCGGCCUCCGCUCGCGGCGCGCGCGCCGCGGACGCACCUCGGGGGCCUUGCCUGUCGAAGGGGCUCGCGGGACCCGGGUCCCCCUUCCUGACCUCCGCCGUCCACUCCCUCCUGCCCAAACGGCUGUAUUUAUGUUUGUAUUUAUUAUUAAUUUAUUGGGGUGACCUGCCUGGGGACUGAAGGGCUGGCCUGGCAGGGUGCGUUUAUUUAAAACUCAGUCAAUAAAAAUGGAGCUGUCGGACCUGACCCUUGUGGUGGCCGGGAUGGAGCUGGUGACCGAGGGAAGGGCCCGCCCCUCCCUGGCCUGAUGCCGCAGGGCACCUGGUACCGGGGCGAGGGCGGCGGGUCAGGGACCGGAUGGCAGCGCGUUCUCGGGGACGCCGGGCGUUGGCUGGCCUUCGUGACUCCAGUGGUCUCAGGGGCAGCCCAGGACGUCCCUCGCUAUCGCCGUGCUUCGCUACUUCCCUGCUCCCGUUCCUGUUUCUGAGACCCUUCCGGCUCUCAGCAACCUUCCAGCCCUCCUCAUCUCUCAGGACUCCUGUUUCUGUAAUUAUCUGGCCCUGACUCUCUAGCACGGUCCUGCUGCUGUCUCUCUCCACGCUGGAGUCACCUUUCCAAACACAGCAGCCCAUCUGCUCACGCGCAUCUGCAAUCAAGUCACGGCCAUCUGCAAUCAAGCGCUUUGACUGUGAUGCGGCCCCUGAUUAGAAGAGUCC